CAACGGAGUCUUUACGGUGUAGCGCGCUGUCAGGACGCAAAGCUACAGUUGUGCAGGGGUUUGACAUUUUUGGUGAAAACUCUGAAUCUGCAUCUAGAAGAGGAUCGAUCCGAGAAACACUGUUUCAGGUAUGGAUGGCAUGGUGAUGGAGGAGGACGAUGAUUGUCCAGAGCUGGUGCCCAUUGAUGCUGAGCCUGGUCCUCCUGCAGAGCAGAUACCUGUCACCAUCAUCACUGGCUACCUCGGUGCUGGAAAGACCACACUUCUGAACUACAUAUUAACAGAACAACACAACAAGCGGAUCGCUGUCAUACUCAAUGAAUUCGGCGAAGGCAGUGCCCUGGAGAAGUCCCUUGCAGUGAGCCAGGCAGGAGAGCUGUAUGAGGAGUGGCUGGAACUGAGAAAUGGCUGCCUCUGCUGCUCUGUCAAGGACAAUGGUCUUAAAGCCAUUGAGAACCUGAUGGAGAAGAAAGGAAAGUUUGACUAUAUCCUCUUAGAAACCACGGGACUUGCUGAUCCAGGAGCUGUGGCCUCCAUGUUCUGGGUUGAUGCAGAGCUUGGCAGCGACAUCUAUUUGGAUGGCAUCGUCACCGUUAUUGAUGCAAAGUAUGGACUACAGCAACUAACAGAGGAAAAAGCAGAUGGACUCAUCAAUGAAGCAGUCAGACAGAUUGCUCUUGCUGAUCUGACUGUUAUCAACAAGACAGACUUGGUAAAUGAGGAGGAACUAAGCCAAGUCAGAGACACUGUCAGGUCGAUAAAUGGUCUUGUCAAGAUUCUAGAAAGCCAGAGAUCAAGGGUGGAUCUCUCUGAAGUUCUGGAUCUGCAUUCCUUUGACAGUAAAAAUGGAGCAAAUCUAGCAGAGAAGCUCCAGCUUGUGAAACCUGCAAUGCCUCAUCUUGACAAGAGUAUUUUAACUGUGACGUUUGAAGUGGCUGGAGAUCUCUCUGAGGACACAUUGAAUGUUUUCAUCCAGGAUCUCCUAUGGGAAAAGAUGUUCAAAAACAAAGAAGGGGAACCCAUGACCGUCAUCAGGUUAAAGGGCAUAGUAUCAUUGGCAGGCAAAGCCCACCAAGUGAUGCUGCAGGGGGUGCACGAGCUGUACGAGCUGAAUGAGACUCCACAGCUGUGGGAGGAGAACCUCCGGAUCAACCGACUGGUCUUCAUAGGUAGGAACUUGGACAAGGAUGUUCUGCAGGAACAGUUCAUUUCCACAGUGGUGCAGGGGGCAGAGAGAAAUUAGCUGGAAGCUCUUCUUUCCUCUUCACAUCAAAAACAGUUGAUUGUGGAGCAGAUGUGACUUUGGCCCUCUAUAAAUCUGGGACUGUGUUUCAGGUGUUCAUUCCUUUCCUAGGUAUGAGGAUGAGGUAUGAGGACGGCUAAGGUUACUGUAGUGAUCAAGACAGUAGUUUUAAAUUGUGAUAAUCUUUCACAACCAGCUUUAUAAGCUACAGUAUAUCACAAUGAAGAGUGUUAAUGUUGCUGUAGUGCCUGAGCUAAAUGCUGUGUGAUGUGCUUCUCAAGCUGUAAACUUACCAACCAUGGCCUCUAUAAAUAAAUCCCCCAAAAAAAGCUAAAAAUGUGGGCACACACAAAGAUAUCACAGAAAUCUAGAAAUUUGAUCAAAGCUAUUCAUUUUUAUUAGAACGGAUUUGUAAAAUCUGCAGUUUUUGAAGAUCAGAAGCCCAAAUAGUUUUGGACAUUUCAAAGAGAUUGCAAAGUGACACAUACUGUAUCAAGUCUGGUGCAAGACUGCACUUUGCCAAUGAAGCAGCCUGGCUUUUAUCCUCCUGUAUUUUUAAAUUAUUUAAAAUAAAGAGUUUUUUUUUCUGAACAUGUAAUUCUGUAACUGUUCCGAUAUACCUAAAGAAAAUGAUGUUUUUAAUCAUUUGUAAACAUGGUGUGUUCUUGGUGUGACAACUAGCAGACAAUCAACAUAA